GGGGUUCUAGACAAUGAAUCUCAAUCAACCCCACUACGUUUUGCGCCCCACGACUCACACUAUAAAGUAUAAACAACAAACCCGCCCCCUGUUGUACUGCAUUCCGCUGCUCUAUCCUUACUGUAACUUGCAACGGGCUGUGCGAAAACAUGGCUGGCGCAAAGAUCUUUUCUAUCGAGGGCAAGGGCCUCAAACUCACCACCGCCGAGGAUAUUGAGCCACACAUCCAGGACCUCAAGAGCAACGACGAUGUAGAGGAGAUCAAGUUCUUGGGCAACACACUGGGUAUUGGAGCCAGCGAGGCGCUCGCUAAGGUAUUGGAGAGCAAGAAAAACCUCCAGGUCGCAAACCUCGCCGACAUCUUCACCUCGCGUCUCCUCUCUGAGAUCCCGCCCGCGCUAUCCCACCUCCUCACCUCGCUCCUCACACUACCAAACCUCCACACCGUCGACCUCUCGGACAACGCGUUCGGCCUCAACACGGUUGCCCCGCUCGUAGACUUCCUGUCGCAACACACCCCACUACGGUACUUAUACCUCAACAACAACGGCCUGGGACCCGCCGCCGGCGUCCUCGUCGCAGAUGCGCUCACCGCGCUCGCCGCCAAGAAGGCGGCCGCGCGCAAAGACGGCAAAGACGUGCCCGACCUCGAACUCGUAAUCUGCGGUCGCAACCGCCUGGAGAACGGCAGCAUGGGCGCAUGGGCAAAAGCAUACGCCGCCAACACCGGCGUCAAGACCAUCAAGAUGACGCAGAACGGUAUCCGUCAGGAGGGUAUCUCGCACCUCAUCACCAACGGCCUCGCCCACCUCUCCAAACUAGAUACCCUCGACCUGCAAGACAACACCUUCACAGCCAUGGGCGCAAAGGCCCUCAGCAGCGCCGUCGGCAACUGGACUGAGCUCCGCGAACUCGGCGUAGGCGACUGUCUGCUCAGUGGCCGGGGCGGCGUCGCCCUCGCUGCUGCACUAGAGAAGGGCAACAACAAGAAAGUCGAGGUCCUGCGCCUUCAAUUCAACGACAUCAACGCCAAGGGUCUCGCUGGCCUGGCUUCCGCUUCUCACACCGCACUCCCCGCGCUCCGCCGCGUCGAAAUCAAUGGCAACAAGUUUGACGAGGAGGACCCCAGUAUCGAGAAACUGCGCGAUGUGCUCGAUGCACGGAAAGAGGAGAGUGGUGAGAAUGCGGACGACGACGAGUACUGGGGUCUAGAUGAGCUGGACGAGUUGGAUGAUGACGACGAAGACGAGGAGGAGAGUGAUGCGGAAGAAAAGCGUGGGGACGUUGAGGAUGAGGAGGGUGUUGAGGUAGAGGAGAAGGCCGCGAGACAGAUUGCCGAGGAUAACGAGGCUGAGGAGAGUAAUGUGGGUCAGGAGAAGGAUAAGAAGGUUGAUGAUUUGGCGGAUAUGAUGGCGAAGACGGAGAUUAAGUGAGAGGAUGAAGAGUGCACUGGAGGGGACCUUGUCAUGCAUUUAGCGGCUUGGGUUGGGAUGGGGAUGGCUUUUUGAGUAGGCAUGUAGGAAUUGAUACCAUAGACCUUACUUCUGUUGGGUUCACACGAGGUGAUCAAGCGUUGGGACGUGAUGACCGGGGAGACAUGUCCAAACUGGCAAGUAGCGCGAUUUAUCU